UUGAGAGACGAUGCCAUUGAAGACAAACGUUUUCCAGUAAAAGCAGUGGUUAAAACAGUAGGAAAGCAGUUGAUCGCCACUGGAGACAAGGCGUCUGUUGAAGAAAUCCGAAUGUACGUACGUGAGGUCUGUCGUUCUGAAUUUGUCGAUGGUCUGAUAAAAAUGGCUUGGAGAGAUGUAAAUGAGCUACUUCAGAACACAACUGGGAAUGAAGCAGAGCGAAUGGCUUCUCAACUGGUUAUAUCAAAUAGCAGUGUCCUUCGAGUAGACUUCCAUGUCUAUAAAUUCGCCUUUAGCUCUGAAGGUUUGAGGGACAAGUUUGAAUGUGCCAUUUGUUAUGUAGUGCAGCUUGGAAUAUUGAACCUGGAGAAGGCUAAUUUGAAGGAAGUCAAGGAAGAGCUUGAAAAAUGUAUAACAAACAUAGAAGAUUCUAAGUUUCUCCGAGAACUAAUACUCAUGGGUGACUUAUUCAGAGAAAUCACUCGCCUUCAAAUUGAUAGAGGUGGUGGCGAAGAGAACAGUACCAACUAUGCGUGGGACGACAUUGUUCGUUACUUUGCUGAUCUGUCAAUGUUUAGAAACUUUUCGAAAUGGCGUGCUUUCACACGCUUAUUGUUUCAGUCGGUUUAG